AGGACAUAACAAAAUGGGCAAACAUGAUUGGGAAAACAAUGAGGAGAUUCAAAUAUUUCGUGAAUAUUUGCGUAUACCAAGUGUACAUCCAAACGUAGAUUACACUGCUUGUGUGGACUUUCUUAAGCGCCAGGCAACAAGGCUGAAUCUGUCGCUGGAGAUAAUUUAUCCUAACAAGGAGUCAAAUCCAUGUGUGCUAAUGAAAUGGCAAGGCCAGCAGCCUGAGCUGCCUGCCAUACUGCUCAACUCUCACAUGGAUGUUGUGCCCGUAUUUGCAGACAAGUGGACACAUGAUCCCUUCGCCGCUCAUAUGGAUGAAGAGGGACGCAUAUACGCAAGAGGCGCGCAGGAUAUGAAGUGCGUGAGUACGCAGUACCUAGGCGCAAUUCGAGCUCUGAAGGCGGCAGGCUUCCAGCCAAGGCGCACUUUAUACCUCAGUUUUGUACCUGAGGAGGAGGCGGGUCCAAAUCCCGGAAUGCUUGAGCUGGUGCAGGCGGACUACAUGCAUAAGCUUAAUAUUGGUUUCAGUCUUGACGAAGGCAUAAGCAGCGAGAAUGAAAUUUACAAUGUUUUUUAUGCAGAGCGCACUUUGUGGCAUGUCAGAUUUAAGAUCAGUGGCACCUCCGGUCAUGGCUCACUGUUGUUAUCUCACACGGCUGGCGAGAAACUUAAUUAUCUGCUAGCCAAGUUAAUGGAAUUUCGAGCUGCGCAGGUUAAACUGCUUGAGGGAAACUCCAGCUUGACUAUUGGCGAUGUGACGACUGUUAAUCUUACACAAGUGUGUGGUGGAGUGCAAAGCAAUGUCGUGCCACCUUUGCUGGAGCUUGGCGUUGAUAUACGCAUUGCAGUUACAAUGGAUAUAGCUGCGUUUGAAAAACAAAUUCGCCAGUGGUGCGAGGAAGCAGGCAGUGGCAUUGAAUUUAUAUUUGAAACGAAGGAUGAAUUUGUGCCGCCAACAAAAGUCGACGCAACGAAUCCUUAUUGGCUGACCUUCAAGCAAAGUUUAGAUGAACUUGGUUUAAAAAUACGAUUGCUCGUAUUCACCGGAGCAACUGAUAGUCGCUUUAUACGUCAGGUGGGCAUACCAGCCUUGGGCUUUUCACCAAUCAACAAUACGCCCGUAUUGCUCCAUGAUCAUAAUGAAUAUCUACGGGCAGAUACUUAUCUGCAAGGCAUUCAGACUUAUAAGAAAAUCAUCAGCAGUCUAGCAAACUGUUAG